AAAAAAGCGGAAGGUGGUGAGCUCUUCGAAAAAGUGGUUGCAUUUCUUGGCCUCACAGAAAAAGAUUAUUUUGCUUUGUCAUUCACCGAUGGCGAUGGCAAUCGAGUAAUGAAAUUUUAUCCACCGGACCCGGCUACACUGAACGACGAUAUUACACGUCAUCUUUUAACUCUGCAACUUCGACGUGACAUUUCUACCGGCAGACUCCCUGCAACGCUAGCCACAUAUGCCUUAUUGGGUUCAUAUGUUGCGCAGUCAGUACACGGCGACUAUGAGCCAUCUCUGCAGUACAUCGAUUUUCUGCGAAGUUACCGUUUAGCCCCGGUGCCAUCCGAAACUCUGUAUGAAAAAGUUGAAGAGAUACACAAACAGCAUAGACUCCCUGCAACGCUAGCCACAUAUGCCUUAUUGGGUUCGUAUGUUGCGCAGUCAGUACACGGCGACUAUGAGCCAUCUCUACAGUACAUCGAUUUUCUGCGAAGUUACCGUUUAGCCCCGGUGCCAUCUGAAACUCUGUAUGAAAAAGUUGAAGAGAUACACAAACAGCAUAGGGGCGUUACACCAAGCGAAGCCGAGUUGCACUAUCUCGAAAAUGCGAAGAAAUUGAGCAUUCCAAAUUUAUCUGAUUGUUUUUUUCUCAUGUAUCAUCCUUGCUCCGUCACAGGCUCGCCUCUAAAUGUAACUUUGGAAAGAGGAAAUUUAAUUUGCCAACAUUGCAGGGGCGUUACACCAAGCGAAGCCGAGUUGCACUAUCUCGAAAAUGCGAAGAAAUUGAGCAUGUACGGUGUACAUCUUUUCUCAGCCAAGGAUGGAAAAGGUGUACCGGUUCAGAUUGGCGUUUGCGCGCACGGUAUAAAUGUUUACCGCGACCAGAUCCGUAUUCAUCGUUUUCUGUGGCAGAACAUCAUCAAAAUUGCUUAUCGGCGCAAUGUUUUCAUUGUCAAACUUGAGAAACAUGAAUCGACGGUGACAUUCAAGCUGCCCGAUCAUGACGCCGCAAAACGGGUUUGGAAAUGCGCCGUUGAGCACCACACGUUUUUCAGGUUCGUUGCUACACACUUGCUUAUAUCAACAUUUAUAAUAGUUGAUUCAGCCGGAGGAGAAGGCUCAUAA